AUGUACUCUGAGUUUAAAGGAUACAUUUCUGCUCACGAUGUAUGGGUUCAUUUGACUCAUGAGAGAGAUUGGGACGAUGACGAAGAAAGUUAUGACAAAGACAAUGGGUCGAGCGAGAACCUUGAUUACAGGCCAUUGUACAAGGCAAUUAAAGAAGGUAAUUGGCAUGCUACUGAUGAAUUCUUUCAGCGGAACGAACUGCCAUUUAAUGCAAGAGUUUCAGCACACAAAGAGACAGCUCUGCACAUUGCAACUUUGUCUGGACAAACUGAAAUUGCAGAAAAACUUGUAAAAUCGAUGGAGCCACAAGACUUAGAACUGACAAAUGGUUAUGGAGCUACUGCCUUAUCUCUUGCAGCAAUCUGUGGCAAGAACAAACUGGCAGAAAAAAUGAUAAGUAAGAACAAAAAAUUAGUUACAAUAGUAACUAAAGGUCAUGAAGAUGGGCGUCUUCCUGUUAUUGUAGCUGCAUCGUAUGGACAAGAAAAAAUGGUUCGUUAUUUAUACAAAGUGACACCAAAAGAUGAGCUGAGUCCCGAAAAGGGUGAAAACUGA